AUGUCUGACUAUAUCAGUACCAAGAUAACCACAAAAAUGCAAUAUGUUCGUUUUGGCAACACAGGCAUGAGGGUUUCCAGAAUCGGUCUCGGUUGUAUGUCCUACGGUAGCUCAAAAUGGAGUCCUUGGGUUAAAGACGAAGCUGAAUCAAUUAAAGCUAUUAAAGAAGCUUACAAUGUUGGUAUCAACUUUUUUGAUACUGCUAAUAUGUAUGCUAACGGCGAAAGUGAGAUUGUUCUCGGAAAGGCUCUUAAAGAAUUGAAUGCUCCUAGAGGUCGUGUUGUCAUUGCUACAAAAGUUUACGGACCUGUUUAUUCCGACAUAGAGAGUUUUGGUUACAUGGACAUGGAUCAGAACUUUGAACUAGUCAACGGCUACGGUCUUUCUCGUAAGCAUAUCUUUGAUGCCGUAGACGCCUCUUUGAAGCGACUUGAUGUUGAGUAUAUUGAUCUUUAUCAAAUUCAUCGUUUGGACACUGAAACCCCCAUGGAAGAAAUAAUGGAGGCCUUGAAUGAUCUGGUUCGCUCUGGAAAAGUCAGAUACAUCGGAGCAAGUGGUAUGAUGGCUUGGCAGUUCCAAAAGUUAAACUCUAUCGCCGAGCGUAGAGGAUGGACGAAGUUUGUAUCCAUGCAAAACGCGUAUAAUCUUCUCUAUCGCGAAGAAGAAAGGGAGAUGAUCCCCUAUUGUAUUGAUGCUGGUAUCGCAGGUAUCCCAUACUCCCCAUUGGCUACUGGUGAACUUACAGGCAAGAACAGAGACACCGCUCGAUCAAAGACUUUUUUCCAGCAGAAUGUUUUGAUGCCUGAUGCCAAGCAAGAUAGCAAUGAGAUUAUCAUCGAUCGUGUUGGAGAGCUUGCCAAAAAGUAUGGUGCUUCCAAUGCCCAAAUCGCUUUAGCCUGGCACUACACAAAGCCUUAUGUUGUAUCUCCUAUUAUCGGUGUUUCUAAAGCUGAACAGCUUUACGAUUUGAUUGGUGCAAUGGACAUCAAGUUAACAAAGGAAGACGUCGAUUUCUUGGAAGAACCUUAUACACCCAGGAAUGUUUCUCUCAUUGAUCAAUUCAAUCAAAAAUAA